AUGAGGCUAAUGUGCACCUUUGCUUAUGUCGCUUGUGUUGUCGUCGUUUACUGCCUAGGGGCUGCCCCGUGGUUUGAGUGUCAUUGGUUUCGGGGAUUGUUUUCUGUUAACUUCUUUAGUAGGGGUGGCCACUUGGACGUACCCAUGGCAGCCAAGCGAUGUGCAUGGGAGACAAAGAACGAUGCUUGUGGGAUCACCUUGUCAGAUCCAGGUGAGUUGUCUCUUGUUACUGGGGCGCCUUGCGCGGGAAUGGCUUCUAUUCCUGCAGCCCAGAUCAAUAAGAUGUCUGAAGGCUUUGCUUUCGUGAACUUCGCUAGGUUGCAGGAAAUCGCAGCGAUCCGCACCAGCAGACCAUGUGCCGUCAUACUGAAAGGGUUCAUCUCACAGAAGAUUACCGCCCUCGGGAUCGCGUCAAACAGAGUUCAACAAGUUGUCCUCUCUUUGUGGGAUGGCACCGCUUCACUACUAGAAGCCCGGGCAGUUUCGUUGGUGAACCUUGCAGUGGAUGAACUGGACUUUAUCAGCAAAACCCAUAGUGUCCAUGAGCUUGAGCUGAGCGAUGAGUUUAAGCUGCCACUGUUGUUUGAGAUGCGCAAACAGGAGGCAGCGCCUUCCGAUUGGAAGGCAUAUGGAACAAUCGCAGCUUUUAGCGUUUAUGUUGAGUCCUUGCUGAAGUCCUUGGGCUUCCUAGACCAGUCCGUGUUGCACAAAGCCAUUGCGAAAGAAGAGUACUUGGUGCGCAGAGUUCAAGUUCCGAGUCAUGCUCGAGACAAAGUGUACUGUCGCUCAGGCGCUUGUUCCAUUCAAUGUCGUGCAAUUCGGGGCCCGCGGGAUCCGCGUGAAGCUGGGCUGGAAGUUAUGAGGGUGCAUGGUGAGCGCAAUCUCGCUGAAUUCUUCAAGGUCGGUGAAGCUAUUGAGGGGCACCUGGGCGUCUUCGCUUCUCAGGGAGCAACGUAUGCCAAAGUCGCAGAUGACCAUUUAGCAGCUGCUCGAGAGCAUUGGUUCCCAGGAGAUGAGAGAUUCAACAAAGACAAUUCCGCCGUCAAGUGUUCCAAGAUGUUCCGGCUGCAAGGGCUGCCCUCCGGGUCUUCUAUGAAGGAGGUCAUUGCCGCCGCAAAGUCGCUUGAGUGGAAUGUUGUGCCCAUUCGAAUCUUUCACUAUCAGGAGCUUGCAUCAGCCAUUGUGGCAGCAGCGGAUGUGCCAAAACAGAUUCGCGUUGCCACUAGUCUAGGCACCCUUCUCGUCACCGAAGAGGAGCGGCAGCCGCGGAAAAACAGCAAGAAGGAUUCCUCACAAAUUGAGUCGCGUGGAGAUUCUUCGACGCCAUUGUCUUCGACAUCGUCAGGGUCAACUGCAGUUCGGGCUCUCAAUUUCGCCGCAGUUCGUACAGGUCCUUCCUUGUUGCCGCCGCCGGAUACAGUCAUUCAUGGCAGAGUGGAUGUACUCGAAAAACAAUUGGGACAAGCAGUCAAGGACAUUGAAGCAUUGCGCAGCGACCAAGUUGACACCAAGCAGCAGUUGAGGGAGCUGAAGAGCUCUCAAGAUGUUGGCUUUAGAGAUCUCCUUGCAGCAAUCAGUGAGCUGAAGUCCAGUAGUCUUGCUGUGCACGGUUCCCCAUCUCAUCCGGUUUCGCCGCCGACGAAGCAGCAGCGAGUUUAA